AUGGUAAAGUCCAUCACCAAAAAGAAAGAAGAAGGGGAAAUCAUCGAAACUUUACCUAAGCAGUCCAUAAUCCUUAAAGGCAAUAAAUCCUCGCCAGUCAUUUCUGCUUUGCUUCCAGAGCUUAACAAGCUCCGCUCUCCUAGCUCAGCCCUUUUCAGCAAAAAACACAAUGAAGCCCGUCCAUUCGAAAACCCAGAGAAUUUCCAAAAAUUUUUAUCACAAAAUCACGUAUGUCUUUUUGCCCUUGGCAGCAACUCUAAAAAGAGGCCAAAUAAUCUUAUAAUAGGCCGCACCUAUGAAGAGGAGCUUUUAGACAUCGUCGAGUUCGAGGUAGAAGAUUUUACCAGUGCAAAUCAAUUUAAAGUCCCAAUAGAGCUUGGGGUGAAGCCUUUAUUUUUAUUCCAAGGCGACCUUUUCGAGACAGACUCAAUUUAUACAAGAAUCAAAAAUUUAUUUUUGGACUUUUUUAGUGGAAGGCCAAUAGAUAAAGUCGACGCCAGAGGCUGUGAGCAGCUUAUUGCAAUUUCAGCGACACAAGAUGGGAAAAUUUAUUUUAAGCAAUAUCAUAUAUAUCUUAUAUAAAAUAAUUUAUAAUAAAUUUUUUUUUUUUUAAAAAAAAUUAAAUUAUACAUGUAGAGAAUAGCAAGGACUGAACCAAGGCUACAGGAAGCAGGGCCAAGUAUUGUAUUUAAGCUGAGAAGGCACAAGCUUGCAGACGAAUCAAAAUUCAAGCAAGCCUGCAAAGAGCCGAAACUCAGAAAGAAAGUUAAAAAUAUUACUACUAACACCCUGAAAGAGAAAAGAGGCCAGCUCCAUGUACAGCAGCAAGACAUCAAAACAAUUGCACUUAAGAAAAGAAACCUUAAACACAAGAAAAAAGAAGAGAAAACUAAUGAGUAA